UGCUUGUGUUGAAUCAUGUGUCCCUGCAGCAGCAGCAGCAGUAAUAUGGCGGGACAGAGAGUCAGUCUGAGACGUGUUGACAUGCUGAAACAUGACAGAAGCUCCAGCUGGAUGUGUGCUGUGUUCCUGACGCUCGCGGCUCGACUGAUCGCUCGGACGGACGCUAGUGAUGUGCUGACGGUGACCGACGCCAACUGGACGCUCAUCCUGCAGGGCGAGUGGAUGAUCAAAUUUUAUGCUCCGUGGUGUCCGGCGUGCCAGCAUUUACAAACAGACUGGGAGAGUCUUGGAAGACAAGGUGCAAGUCUGGGAAUAUCAGUGGGCAGAGUCGACGUCACACAACAACCAGGUCUGAGUGGGAGGUUUCUGGUUACAACACUGCCGACUAUAUUUCAUGCUAAAGAUGGAAAUUUCCGCAAAUAUGUUUCAUCACGGACUAUUGAGGAUAUCCAGGCGUAUGUUGAGCAGAAGAAGUGGGCGAUGGUUGAGCCGGUGCCAGGAUGGAAGUCUCCAUCCUCUCUCCUAAUGUCAGGAAUGGCUAAUCUGUUUCGUCUGUCCGUGUAUAUCAGACAAAUCCACACGUACCUGACAAAUACGCUCGGUAUCCCUUCCUGGGGCUCUUACGUGAUUUUUGCAAUCAUUACGCUCUUCAUGGGACUGAUGCUCGGCCUGAUGCUGGUUUUGAUCGCUGACUGCAUUUGGCCGUCCAGACCCAAGCACAGAGCAGACAAAACAGUCGUGAUAGUAAAAGAGGAAGUGUCUGAGGAAGAGGUGGAGGACAUCCUCAUGGAGGAGAAACAUACGUCUGAUCUGGACAACGAGAGCGAGCGAGUGUCUGGAGACGAGUCGACUGAAGAGGAAGGAGCGAUGAGUGAUGAUCAGCCUCCGUCAGAGGGGGCAGCAGAGAGUUCAGUGAGGAAAAGGAAACCACAGGCGCAGCACACUACUGAGGGAACAUAAUCUCACUGCAUAAACCACUGUAGUCGCCCCAAAAACAAGACGAAACGGCCAUAUCUGUAGGAUAUGCAAUGCAACGCCAGCUAUCAGCUGAUUUGUGCAUCAAGAAUGCAGAUCAUCGUUUGUUCAUUCAAUGCUUUCCUGCAUUUGACCUGCUUCUCGCUGCGGUUCAAUUCAGUUUAGUUUUCAAGAGUAUUUGCUUCAAUGUAUUGCUGAAAGUUUGAUGCCAAACACUGAUAGACCUUCUUCAGUUUUUUUUCAGUUCACAGUAAAAAAAAUACAUACCCCACCUUUAACAUAAAAUUUUCCAUAAGUGUCAAGCAUAUAAAUGCACAUAAUUUAAGUUAUAAAUUAUAAAUGUUAUGAAAAAAAGUUUACAAUGUAUUAGGAUGAAUCUCUCAAAAAAGGGGGAAAAAACUGGCAUAUUUCACCUAAAGAAAAAAUACAGCCUGUUAAUAAAUAAUUGACAUUAGUUCAUGCUGAUUAAGCACAUACAGUAUCACAUGAUCUCUUAAAAAUCAGUGUGACGAAGGAUAAUGUGACACUGAAGACUGGAGUCAUGAUUGCUGAAAUUUCAGCUUCGCAUCAAAUAAAUAAAUUACAUUAUAAAAGGUAUUAAAAUAUAAGUCAGUUAUCUUAAAUGAUAAUAAUAUUUCACAAUAUUGCUAUUUUUACUGUAUUUUGUAUUCUAAAGUGAAAAAGGUGCAAGAUACUAAUAUGCAAAAUACAAUUAAAGCGCAGUAAUAAAUCUAUACAUUCCUUUUUUUUCUAUUGAUAACUACUAAGGGUGGACACAAACAUAAACAGUCACAACCCUCAGUAAACCCAAACCCCAGAGGAGGAGGAUAAAAAUGAAGUACAUUUUCUAUUUUUACUGUAUUUUCAAAUUAAAUAAAUGCAGCCUUGGGACUUCUUUCGAAAACAUUGAAAUAUUUUAAUUAUUCCAAACUUUAAUCUAUUAAUGUAUUUUAUGCAUCAUGGUAGUAUUUGUUGUACUGCCUCGAUGAUUUUAAUAUUUUAUUUUUAUUAAACAAAAUGUGUAAUAGGUAUGAAGACAAAUGAAAACUGUUAAUGCAUUACAGAAAUGAGAAUUUGGGAUAAAUGUACUUGUCAUAAAAAAUGCAAAACUUUAUUUUGGAGUGAAAUACGAAUGACGUUCUUAACAGGUUGAAUGAGAUUCAUGCAUUACACAGUUGUUUUACCAUGAUUCCUUUAUUGUUCUAGAUUUGCUGUGUGCCACAACUCAAGACUGUUUUCAGAAGGACAUGUUUUUAAAGUAUGAUAAAUAUGAAGAGUAUUUUUGCACUAUUGCAUUCAUCCACACAUGAUGUAUUUAGUGUCCAAUAGCACAAACUGUCCAUACUUGUAUUUCCAUUAACACAGUGUAUUAUCAGAGGAAGCUUUGUGUACCAGGUCUCAGGAAAAGUAUUUCUCAGUGGUAUGAAUAUGUUGUUUUGUACAGUGUAGAUUUGUUGUGUAAUCCCUGCAAUUGCAAAUUGAAUUUAUAAUUUGCACACUAAAACUUUGUCGGUCUUUGGUAUUAAAAUCGGUGCAACCUAUUGCAACA